AUGGAUGGGAGUCUAGGGGAGAUGUCCCUCCACAGUCACUCGGAUCUGGCUCACAGCCAGGACGGCAGGGCCAUGCUGCACUCGCGGGACCUUUCAGCUGCUUUCCCCAGGCCUUCCCUCGGGGGCCACUCCAUGUCGCUGGAGCCCGAGCCCCGUCCGCCGGGCUUCGACCACUCCAUGUCGGCGCUGGGGUACAGCGGCGACUCCCCGUCCAGCUCGGGCAGCACGUACACCACCCUGACCCCCCUGCAGCCUUUUGACGACAAGUUCCACCACCACCAUCACCACCCCUGCCUGCCCGUCAGCAACGUCAUCGGCAGCUUCACCCUCAUGCGUGAGGAUCGAGGCCUGGGCACCAACUUCUACAACCCCUAUGGCAAGGACCUCGCCAUGUCCCAAAGCCUGUCGCCCCCCUCCACUGGUUCGGGCCUGGGCUCCUCCAUGCACGGCUAUAGCAGUCUGGGUAACAGCCCCAAUGGCAAUGGUGGCCAGAUGCUCCACGGCGGCUACGACGUCCAUGGGGGGAGCCUCUUCUGCAGGACGUCGGAUUUCGGCCGCGAGAUGUCACCGCCGGGCCUGGGAGGAGGCGAUGUGUCAGUGGGGCAUCAGUUGAAUAAAAUGGAGUCCCACCAGCAUGCCCCGGGCCACCACCCUCACAUCUACAGCCAGCACUACCUGCCCCACCAUCACCCGAGCCAGCAGGCCUCCAAGAUGGGCGAGCACCUGCACUCCUCGUCGUCCGCCUCGUCCUCGCCCGGCGAGGGCAUGCUGCCGGGCUUGCAGGGCAGCGGAGGCGGCACCGGGGAGGAGAUCAAUACCAGGGAUGUGGCCCAGAGGAUCAUCACUGAGCUGAAGAGGUACAGCAUCCCCCAGGCCAUCUUUGCCGAGAGGGUUCUGUGUAGGUCACAGGGCACGCUGUCUGACCUCCUGAGGAACCCCAAGCCCUGGGGCAAGCUCAAGUCCGGCCGCGAGACCUUUAAGAGGAUGUCCCGCUGGCUCCAGGAGCCCGAGUUUCAAAGAAUGGCCUCGCUCCGGCUGGAGGCCUGCAAGCGGAAGGAGCAGGAGCAGAGCAAGCUGGAGCGCAAUCAGGGCCCAAAGCGCACCAGGCUGGUGUUCACGGAUCUGCAGCGGCGCACACUCAUGGCCAUCUUCAGGGAGAACCAUCGCCCCACCAAAGAGCUGCAGGUCACCAUCUCCCAGCAGUUGGGCCUGGAGCUCUCCACUGUCAGCAACUUCUUCAUGAAUGCCCGCCGACGCAACCUCAACAAAUGGGCGGAUGAGGGCCGUCCCUCCUCCACGGGUUCCUCGGGCUCCAGCGUUUCCUCCUCCGCAGUGUCCUGCAGCACGGCAUGA